AAGCUCAAUUAUUUCAGUAUACAUAAAAGUGGUCGAUUUCUUUUCCCUUGUAGAAAAGAGCAACCACAGAUGUAAUAGCGGAACUAUUCAAUUCUGACUCGAGUUUCAAAUCGGAAACAUUUUCUUGUCGAACUUCAUGUACAUGGACCCAGCAGCCAAACACCUUUAGAUAUGGCGAUGAUAUCCCAUGGCUUUAAAAGCAGCAAGCAAGAUUUCACAUUCGGACCAUGGAAAGUCACAUCAGCAAAAACCCACAUUAUGAAAUCUAAAGAUAUUGAGCGGCUAGCGGAGGAAAUGCACAUGCCGUCUCUACCAGAGAUGCUUUUUGGAGACAACGUGCUGCGGAUUCAGCACACCGACGGUUUCGGCAUCGAGUUCAAUGCUAUCGACGCUCUCAAGCGCGUGAACAAUUUACAAGAUUCGGUGCAAGUGGCAUGUGCCCAGGAGUGGCAGGAAAGCAGAGCCGAUUCUGAGCACAAGGACGUAGUAAAGCGCUAUGAUUGGACCUACACAACAGAUUACAAAGGGACAUUGCUUGGUGAACACCUGCAGUUAAAUGUGUCUUCUACAUCAGAGCGGAUAGACCUGGAGAAACUGAAAGCUCGGGAGCAGAUCAUGUUCUUUGAUGAGGUGCUGCUGUUCGAGGAUGAGCUUCACGAUCAUGGCGUAUCUAUGAUUAGUGUGAAAAUUCGAGUGAUGCCCACUAGUUUCUUUGUGUUGCUGCGCUUCUUCUUGAGAGUCGAUGGAGUUAUGAUUCGGGUCAGCGACACACGGCUCUAUCAUGAGGCUGGGAAAAAUUACAUCCUGCGGGAGUUCAGCUCACGAGAAAGCAAAGUUUCAGCACUUCAGCAUGUUCCUCCAGCCUUGUUCACAGACCCUAAUGAGAUCGUUCAGCUUUUACCACUGACACUUACACUGUGUGAGAAACUUGAAUUCCCGGAGCCACAGCCACCGAUCGAGUCUCCACAGUGAUCCCAGGCUACACAUGUCAAACCUCCGAGUGCUGAGCUAGGAUCAGUCUGUUGCCGAUUACUGUAUACAGCUAAUAUGUGCACUGACAGCUGAUCCCAGAUCAACAUUCAGACAUUGAGAUGUUUGAUGCCUGUGCACCCAGAAACGGAGCGAGAUGCAGGGCUGCACCUACUUAGAAUGCAGGUGCAUCAGCUCUUAUCUCUCCUUAAAGACUUGUGAAUGAAUCAAACACUUUACUGUCUGCCUCAUUUACGGUUUCUGGAUCAUUUUAUUCAAACAAUAUGUACACAAAAUCUCAUACAUUGAUGAAAAUUGCAAUGAAUUUAUUUUUUUUUAUUUUUUAAACAACCUUUCAGUAAAAAUGUAUGCAUAUUAAGUGGUUCAUCAUUGGUCAGAUGAGUGAUGGAAAAAUAUGAAGUGGAGAGCGAUUUAUUAAAACUGUGUUUGUAAUGUUCCUUUUUUGUGUGUUUGUGAUUUAAUAAAUAACUCUUGAUAUCAA